AGCAAGUGGGAAGCCAUCUCUUUCCUUCUCUUUUUUCAUUUCUUUUUCUCCUCCUUUCCAUUCCCUCCAUUCCUUCCAUUUUCCGCCAUUUUCACACCUCUUUCUCUCUCUCUUCUUCCGGCGUUUCCUUCGGAUCAUCUCCUUCUCUCUCUCUCCCCAAAUCUCUCUUUCUCUCUCUCAAAUCAUCGGUUAUCCACAACAUUUCUGGCAAUCUAUGCUCGAUUUCGAGAGCUCUUGCUGCUCGCUCGAGCUCUCGAUCGAGCUUUUUCGAUCAAUUAAUAAUCCUCUGUGAUAAUGUUAAUUGAGGGUGAAUUGACGGAAAAUUAGAAUUUGGAAUUCGAGAAGAAGAAAUAAAUUACUAAAAAUGGAGAUGGCAGCUCAAUUGAGGCGAGGGAUAUCGAGGCAAUUCUCAACAGGAUCUAUGAGGAAAUCAGGGAGGUUCAGCUUUAGGAGGCAGUCAUCGAUGGAUCCUCAGAGAAACACGAUGAGGUUUAGUUUUGGGCGGCAAUCGUCGCUGGAUCCAAUUCGUCGAAACGCCCAGGUGAAGGAGGAGCCAUUAACGGUACCGGAUAAUUUAGAUGCCACGAUGCAAUUGUUGUUCAUGGCUUGUACAGGGGAUUUGAAAGGACUCCAGGAUUUGCUGGAUGGAGGAACUGAUGUUAAUAGCAUUGAUUUGGAUGGGAGGACUGCUUUGCAUAUUGCUGCUUGUGAGGGUAAUGUUGAGGUGGUUAAGUUGUUGUUGAGGGGUAAGGCUAAUAUUGAUGCUCGUGAUCGUUGGGGCAGCACGGCAGCAGCUGAUGCUAAGUACUAUGGAAAUAUGGAAGUAUACAGUAUUUUGAAGGCUCGGGGUGCAAAAGUUCCAAAAACUAGGAAAACUCCAAUGGCAGUUGCAAAUUCUAAAGAAGUCCCAGAAUACGAACUUAAUCCAUUUGAACUACAAGUUCGCAGAUCUGAUGGUAUUGCAAAGGGAGUAUUUCAAGUUGCUAAGUGGAAUGGUACCAAGGUUGCUGUAAAGAUACUUGAUAAGGAGAGCUAUUCUGACCCCGAAAGCAUAAAUGGUUUUAAAAACGAGUUGACAUUAUUGGAAAAGGUGCGUCAUCCGAAUAUCAUUCAGUUCGUCGGAGCAGUUACCCAAAAUAUCCCAAUGAUGAUUGUAGUAGAAUUUCAUCCAAAGGGUGAUUUAGGAUGCUAUCUUCAAAAGAAAGGACGAUUAACACCAUCAAAAUCAUUAAAAUUUGCACUUGAUAUUGCAAGGGGGAUGAAUUACCUUCAUGAGUGCAAACCUGACCCAGUUGUCCAUUGUGAUCUAAUGCCCAAAAAUAUUUUGCUCGAUAGUGGAGGACAGUUGAAGGUAGCCGGAUUUGGUUUGAUACGAUUGUCGAAGAUAUCAGCUGAUAAAUUUAAACUGGCAGACCCUGGAGCCUCCAUUCGUAAUGCGAGUGUAUAUACAGCACCCGAGCUCUACAAAGAUGAAAUAUUUGACAAGAGAGUGGAUGCAUUCUCCUUCGCUGUUAUUCUUUACGAGUGUCCUGCAUUAGUAUGUGUCAGCGGUGGUGGUUGUGUUAUUUAGAGAUGAAGCCGUUAAGGUACUAAUUGCAUGUCAUGUUCUAGCAAUCCAUUUCUUCUUCUUGCACUUGAGGUAUGAUUGUUUUAUAAUUGCAUCCAAGUCCAUAUGAGAUUGUUCUGAUAUUCUAAGCCAGAAAAAACAUUUUAUUAAUAGUUAAAAAGUUGCCAAAUUUUGAUAGUUUGUAGGGAGUGGGAUCAUCAGUCUUAUGAAUGAGGAUCCUCUGACUAUUUACACACUUGUUCCUAGGUGAUCAUCUAAGAAAGAUCUGAUGAUGUCCCAUAUUUUAUUUGUUUCAAGUUGUCUGAUGUCUAAAUUUUUUAUCCAAAGCUUGAUAUUUCCAACAGAAAUAAUCCAAUAAUGCGAUUUUAUUUACUUUUGUAGUUUUGUGGAAUGAUCUGGAGCUUCUUGUUGGCUCCUUGUGUAAUAGAUUGGCUUAUUGGGAAGGGGUAGUGUAGGCAAUGCAUAAUUAGUUGUUAGAACUAGCUUGAAGAAGAGGGAAGUCAGUUAGUUCAACUUGGAAAUGCUGUGUAAAGAGGAAAUCAGUGAGAGUGAAAGCAUGAAUAUUAUUGAGAGUUCCCUUCAGUUUUGUUUCACUUUGGGAGAGAACAAGCCUCCCCAAAGCUUGUAUUAUUGUUAAUGAUGCAAAUUUCCAUCUUCGUCCUUUAAAUUUCUGCACAAAUUUCCAGUUCAUAACACACU